GAGCAAACUAGUUAAGGCCAGUUUGAACCGGUUUUGAAAUUUGCAUAGUAAGUUACACAUAAUUUGAGAACAUGAUUAAUGGCACGAAACAUACAGGGCAAAAGCCGACAGCCUCGUUCCAAGGAUCCCUUGCUUUUUUUACAUUGCAUUACAUUACGCCUUUUCGCCUCAAUGUAAAAUAUGCAAGGGAUCAUGGAAAGGAGGUUGCGGAGGCAAGGUGGUCAGAACUUAUCUGAAUAGAAUGUUUUUUAAUUAAGCUUCACCGGAAAAUGAAUAUUAACUACAAUUUAAAAAUAACAAACAUUAUUUUGAAUAAAACCAACUUAGAAAAUGUUGAUUUUAUCAACAGAAAUAUUGAAUGGGAUAACUCUGUGUAGUAAUUCUGCGCCACAUAACACAAAACUUUAUGGUGCGGACCCAGCGAUAGUGUGAAAAACAAGUUUUUACGACAUGGAUUUUCCCAACCCGCCAAAUAAAAAAGAACGCUGCGAAGAGGAUAAUGAAGAAAAAGAGAAUGCGGAUGAAGAUGAAGACGGUGAAAACGCAGAAGAAACAGUAUUUUACAAACGCACAUUGCCAGACACGUGUAUAGCUUUAAACAGUGUGAAGGGAAAGAAACUUUUUCAAGAAUCGUUGCUGUCUGGAAAUGCUAAUAUUUAUUUCCGCCUUGCAGAGCAGUUUCGUACCCAGGCCGAACCCGCUUACUGUGGUCUGGCAACACUUGUGAUGGUUCUCAAUGCGUUGGAGGUUGAUCCAAAACGGCUAUGGAAAGGUGUUUGGAGGUGGUAUGAUGAAGCCAUGCUUAAUUGUUGUCUGUCACUGGAUACUGCUCAACAGGAAGGUAUUACAAUGGAACAGUACAUCACUCUAGCUACCUGUAACAAUCUAGCGCUCAAUGUGGGUAGAAUGAACGAUGUAGGUGUAUCAAUUAAUGAGUUUAGAAAAAUAAUUAAGGAGGUGUGUGCAGGAGAUGAGAAAGUUUUAACAUGCUCCUACUCAAGGGAGAUCCUUGGUCAAACUGGGGAUGGACACUUUUCACCUAUCGGCGCUUACCAUGCAGAAGAAGACAUGUUAUUGAUAUUUGAUGUAGCUCGCUUUAAGUAUCCUCCACACUGGAUAAAAGUGAGUUUGAUGUGGGAGUCAAUGAAAGCCUUAGAUUUAUCAACAGGUUUGCCCAGGGGGUAUGUGGUGAUGAAAAAAGCGGAGGAGAUACCACUGCUACUAUUCACAGUCUCGAACACCUUUCGUGUCGCGCUAGCAACUCGAACCAACGAAAAUACCCCCAUGAGUUUUUUCUUAAAAACGUGGAACACAUUUUUGAAGUGUGAAGUAUCACAUGACCAUCACACUGGUGACUUCCAUACGAGGCUGGAUAGCAUGAUUAAAAGAGUCCUGGACACUAUUGAAGAAAGUCUGGCAGCUUUCUUUGAAGAAGAAUCCCUGUUUUCGACGAAAGAAAAAGUAUGUUGUUUAGAUAAAUUACCAACAAAUAAAGCAAACAAGAUUCGUCAGCUGUUAUUGUUUCUUCAAUUCACCGAAAUCUUUGUUAGCGUGGACGAAUGGGUUCAUAACAGUAAGAAUAAUAACUGUGUGCGAGAAAAUCUGUGUAGGCGAGCAAACUCGUGUACGAAUAAAAAAUACUGUAAACAUGCAAACAAUGAACAAACCUUGAUUGACAUCGAAGAAGCUGUCAAUCAAAAUGACGUAGUUAUAAAAAAAGACAGUCAAGUACGGAGUCGGAAAACAUCACACGACUUUUCUUCCAGUUGCGACCAUGUUAGGCAAAGAAAAGUGAUUUCAUGUAAUCAUAACAUCAAAAACUCUGAUUUCAUUACAGAGAGUCACCAUAUUACAUUAAUGCUGUUAUGUUGGCCUUAUUGCAAAUGUGAUAUAGGAAAGAAUGCUUGGUUUAUGGCAGCGUUUAUUGACAAAUCAUUGGCAGACUGUGACGCAUUGUUAUUAAAUGAAAUCAAACUUUUAAGAGCACAAAUGAAGUCACUAAUGUAACAAAAAACCUUGUAAAUAAUCAACGUUGUUAUUGUAACUUUUAUUUAAAAGUAAAUAAAAAUUGUUUCACUUAAUUUCUCUU